AUGAAUGACGAACACACUUAUGAAUUGGAAACCAUCAUAGCAGAGCUAAACAUCACAAAACCAGUGAAUGAGAUUGAAAUACAGGACGUGCUAGGCAAGAGUCUCGACAAACUAGAAAAAUGGGAAGCAUUCUACGAAAUGUACGCGAAACGGAUGGGUUUCGGCACAAGGAAAGACGAUGUACGACGUUCUAAUGGGGUCAUUAUAAUGCGGAGAGUUGUGUCCGAUGGGUUGCUUGCCCAAGUUAGGUCGAUGAACUCCGUAGGAAUUAAAACUGCCAACAUAAUGUCUCAUGUUGCUUUGCAAAGUGGAGGUUACGAGAAAAUGCCAUGUCAACUUCGAGAUGUGUACAACAGGGUUGCUGAGAAGGAUCCUAAUUUCUUCGUUGUCUAUCAGGUUGACGACGAGAAUCACUUGGCUAACUUAUUAUGGGCCGAUGGAAACUCACGCGUGGACUAUGUGGCUUUUGGGGAUGUACUAGGAUUUGAUACAACCUACAUGACAAAUGAGUACAAUAAGCCCCUCACUGUUCUCAUUGGCGUCAACCACCAUUUCAACACAUGCAUCUUCGGCUUUGCUCUCCUCCUCCACGAGAAGCUUCCAUCAUAUUCUUGGCUACUUCAAAAAUUUCUAGAAUGCCAUGGAGAUAAGAAGCCAAAUGUUGUAGUUACUGACCAAGAUGCGGCCAUGAAACAGGCUAUCGUUGAACACAUGCCCGAUGUUACGCACCGUCUCUGCGCUUGGCAUCUCAAUACAAAUGCUUCGAAAAAGGUUAAAGAUCUGAUCUUCUUAAAAACAUUUAAGGAUCUCAUGUACAACUACUACGAGGAGGAAGAAUUUGAAGCAAGAUGGUUAGACGUCAUCCAAACCCAACAACUAACAGAUAAUGAAUGGUGUCAAACAACAUUCGAGUCAAGACAACAAUGGGCAGAAACUUAUUUAAGGGGUUCAUUCGUUGUAGGAAUGAGAACCACAUAA